GUUGACCAGCGAGCUAAGUGUGAACAGGAACAGUUGCGAUGGGUGGCUACGCAUCAGAAGGCGAUCCGUGCGGACCAGUAUCACGGAGUUCAAGACGCGUUGCUCAAUGAGACGACUGUGGCGCUAGACCGGAGCCGCAACGAACAAGAUGAACACUUUCUGGGCCAAAUCGGUAAACGGGUUAUCCUUCCAGAUUCGCACGUCGGUGGCCCGCGCUACAUGUACAAGGCGUACCAAGACUCGAUGGCUAUUGUUCGUGAGUACGGGAAGCCUGACGUGUUCCUUACCAAGACGUGCAAUCCCAAGUGGGACGAAAUCGUAGAGAAGCCCCCCGAGGGCCAAACCGCACAAGAUCGCCCGGAUAUUGUUGCUCGGGUCUGGCAACAGAAGCUCAAGGCCAUCUUGGCGGAUUUGGAUGAAGGUAUUAUCGGACGUCUAAAGGCACGAAUUUACGUAGUGGAGUUUCAGGAGCGGGGCCUUCCGUUUAA